AUGCGAACACAUGAAGUACAGAAUGGCAGACCACCGACCUUAUAUUCUGAUCGAUCAGCCAGCUACGAUAGGUCUCGUAACUCCGCCGGAUAUAAAGCUAGCAUAUUCCGGUCUCCAGGAAGAAAGCGGAAAAAAUCUAGCAAAGAUUAUACACGUAUCUACAACAACAGCAAAGGAAAUACUGGAACAAAUUCCAGUCAUGAUGCAACCUUAUGUCCAGAAAACUAUCGGGUAAAGCUUGCUGAUUUUGGAUUCAGUAAACUAACGGCGAAACCCGACGUACCUCUUACCACCUUUUGUGGCUCACCGGCGUACGCAGCACCAGAACUUUUUGAGGCUAAAGAUUAUCGCGGUGGUCCUGUGGAUAUGUGGGCCAUGGGGAUCGUGCUGUUUUUUCUCCUAACUGGUCUACUGCCCUACCGCGGAAACACAGUGGGGAUGGUUCGUCGUUUGGUGCUGGAAGACCGCGGACUGAGACCUCAGGAGUGGUUAUCUCCGACGGCUAGUGCAUUGUAUCUACAACUAACAUCCAGGUCACCAGACGACAGACCCACAGCAGCUCAACUUAUUAACCUAGCCAAUUGCGCAGCAGGACAGAGAAAACGAUCAUCCACAGGAAAGUCGGAGGCCAGAGGAGAACAGCGCAAUAUUGAGGGGUGGAGCACUUGGCUAGCAGGACAACGAUUUCCCAAAGAUCUUCCACGAUUCAAUCGAUGUGCACCGAUUCUUUGCAGUUUGAGGGGUGGCCCGUCACUGAACUCCAUCGGAACGACCAGUCUGUCAACCAUCUCACAUAGUAACCAGUAUUCAGAAGUACAGCGUACCUCUGAAACAAAGUACUCGGAUGAAAUGGUGUCAGGCUCCACUUGCACUUCAAUCUCAAUGGGGCUUUCCGAGGCAGAAGAAGCAGAUGUGCCGUGCGAAUUGAGGCCAAUAGGGAAACCACUGAACAAGAAGACGCUAUCAUGUGGUGAUUGCAAUGAUGAGGCCGAAUUGGAAGCAGCUCGUCUGCUCUUGGGUCUUGGGGUGAGCAAGGAAGAAAUCGCCGGAGCCAAGAACCUGGAAUCACGAAGUGCUGUUACUGGAGCCUAUCGAAUCAUUCUACAUCAGAGACACAGAGCCCGUCGUCUCAGUCGAUUGGAUACGUUGGAGAAUACAGACGAUGCAAAGAUCAACCAAGGCAUUUUCUCAUCCGUACCUGACCGGGUAUCCGAACCUGAACCCAGUUUGGGGACGACAGUAACCCAACGAGAAGCGCCCUUGAGCGCGGGAGAUGAGAAAAAAGGGAACACAAGAAAAAGAUGCAGCAAGCGCCACCGACUAUGCACUCUUCUCUAG